CGGAUUGUAAAGGAGCAAGUCCGGGAAGUACAUGCGUCAAGAAAACGGGCCGGCGCGGACCAAGACGAAGGCGCACCAAAAAAGGCUCCUUGUUCAGGUUUGAGUUCAGUGAAGGAAAUUAAUCCAUUUCACGUAAUUGUCGCAGGAAAACAUUUAGGAUCAGGUACUUAUGGUUCCUGCUACCUAGGGUCCUACAGAGGACUGGAUGUUGUAGUCAAACAACUAAAAGUUAAAAAAUACAGCGGAGAAACGCAAGAAGUUGCAGAGACGAGAGUCCGCAAUGAAUUGAUCUACGAGGCUCGGAUUAUUAACAAGCUGGGUGACCAUCCCGGUCUUCCACUACUUUUCGGAGUAUGCAGUAAGCGCGCACCAUUUCGCCUUGUCAUACAAUUUCAUGGCGUGAAAGACCGUAGCUCAGCGCUCACGAUUUCCAGCGCGCUGACCAAAAUGGCGAUAUCAGCUGUAACAGUGUGGCUGGAUGUUAUACGAAAAGUGGCAGAAGCUCUUCUUCACGUCCACAACGCCGGAUUCGUCCACAAUGACAUAAAGGGAAACAAUGUUGUUCUGGACAACCGGAAUGAAAGAAAGUACAAUCCCAUUUUAAUUGACUUCGGUAAAAGCUUGCCAGUGACUGGUCUCAAAGGACCCAAGGUUCUCCCGGCAGAACAGCAGACAAGAUACAAGAAAGAGUAUCCGCACAUUGCCCNGAAAGCAGGAAAAUGCAUUUCCAGGGGUUUCAUGUUCAAAAAAUUUAUGGGGGGCAUGCCCCCAGACCCCCCUAGAUGCUCAGGCCCUUUCAGGCCUUCGGAACGUGGCCGUUGGCCACAUAUGUCACUGCUACGGGUGAUAACUUACAUGCAACGGCUGCUUCAAAACUUAAUGACAGCCCUGAUUUUAAUUGACUUCGCUAAAAGCUUGCCAGUGACUGGUCUCAAAGGACCCAAGGUUCUCUUGGCAGAACAGCAGACAAGAUACAAGAAAGAGUAUCCGCACAUUGCCCCGGAAAUAGUCGCAGGAAAACGAGGGCAAAGUAUCGCCACUGACAUUUUCAGCUUUGCCCAUAUGACAGAAGUUAUUUUCACGAAGGCCAAGCUGGGUACCCUGCCCGAUGUACUUCAGAGAGCUUUGGACUCUGAUCCACACAGAAGGCCAGCUUCAAAGGAAAUCCUUGCACUUCUUUGAACUAUAUUUCUUGUUUUAAUUCUAACCUGUUUCUUGCUCUGAGAUUUAGUGAGAAUGCCAAAACGUAGAAAGUGCGAUUGCAACAAAAAAUUCAGACUCGGGGUUGGGAACAGGAGACCUAACGUGUUUUAUUUUUUGGCACAUUCACUUUUGUUAUUUUCUCAUUCCUUCUCUCUGAGAGCACAGAACUGGCCAUUCAAUUUGAAUAAUUAAACGAAGACAGACUUUGGCCUGGUUUAUGGAGAGUGUUAGUGUAAGUGUUAUGUUCGUUUUAGCCUCAAACAGUUUAUCAUUCUCAGAUUUCCGUU